CAAAAGUGCCUGUGACGGGCAUCUAUGGGCUUGGGAGCAUUCAGGGGAUUCAGGGACGUUUUUCGGAGGUCCCCAAAUGGGCGCUGAGGGGACACUUAGGGAUCCUGGAGUUUCUGGAGGACAUCUAUGGGACAUAUUGGGGAGAAUACCGGUGUUCUGUGGUGCGCGGGGCAUGACGGGUAUUGUAGUCCCGGCUCCCGAGAGGCUCCAUUGGCCGCGGGGCAUGACGGGAGAUACAGACACAAAGGAAAGAUGGCGCCGGCUCCGGGCGCCCCGCCCGAAGCACUGAUCCCCGGCCUGAACCUUCCUGAGGGGCACCUUGGGCUGGCACACACCUGAGGAGUGUGUCUGUUUGCAGUGGGGAAGAUUAGGAGUUUUAGGUUCCUUAAGAAAAAAAACAAAAACGGAAAAACCCCACUUUUCGUGGCAAACCCAAUCUCCAAGCAAAGCAGGUCCCAGCUCUUGUGUCCUCAGGCUUCAGCUCCUUUAGCUCCUGGUGCUCAGCUGCUCAUGCUGAAUGAGAUGACUUGGAGAGAAGAAUUCAGUUCAUCCAAUUCCUUCUGGGACACUGAGAGGGGAGGCUGUGAAAACAGGAGCACUGUUUGGUGUGGCCUCCUCUCUGCCCUUCACGGCUUUCAGCACUUUGAACCAGCCAAGAGCUUUUUCCUAGAGCUCUAUGAAGCAGCUGUUCCUGCUACCAGCUCUGGCUCUUCCCAGUCUCUGACCUUGACUGGUUUUUGUCCCUCUUGCUGUGCCCUCUGUUCCCCCUGCACUCAGUGGCUGCUUCCCAGGAACUGGCACAGAUCAAGGGCUCCAGCCCCUCCUUCCUCUGCCCUUGGAGCUGCCUGGGCACAGCAGCCUUUUCCAUCUGGAAGCUCCACAUGGACAGGGAGUCCCCACCUCUGUUCCCUGCACAGCUCCAGGAGCCCAGGGCUGCCAUCUCGAGUCCCUGCUGGCACUGGGGGCUCCCAGGUGCCCCAGGCUGCUGUGACACCACUGCACACGGGAGGGAAGAGUGGCAGGGGCUGUGCUGAAAGUCAGGUCCAUGUGGCUGCUGCUGCUGUGGGGGUCAUUUGUCCAGCCCUGCCCCAGAGUCAGGGAUCAGAUCCAGGCACUGCUGCUGCUCCUUCGGGAUCAGCCACAGUUUGGGUGUUGCUGUCAGUGCCAGCAGAAGCAGUGGCUGGAGCAGUGGGUGCUGACAGUGCCCCAAGCCCCAGGGCCAGAGGGGUCCCUGGGCAGGGGCUGGGAGGGAGCUGUCCCUUGUUCUCCCUCUGCUCCACACAGAGCUGGGCUGGGCACAAGUGGGGCAGCACAGCAAACAGGGAGCCUGUGAGUCUCUUCCAGCCCUGCCUGCUCAGUUUGGCCCUUGGAGCUGCAGGUGGGCAAAGGCAGCUGCUCCUGGUCCCUCUGUGUGUCCCCGUGUUCAGCAGUGCUGCUCCAUCAGUCUGUGCCCAGCAAUGGGGAAAAGCCUCAGCCCUGCAGGGCCAGGAGCUGCUGGGCUCUGCCUGAGCAGCUCAGCCAGCGGGAAGGAGCUGCUCCACACGGGAACCAGGAGAAAAGGACACUCCUUUUUUAUGGCAUGUUUUCUGUUUUAAGGAAAAGAAGAAAGGAAAAAGAAAAGAAAAAAUCCUCUCUAAAAUGUGAAAGAGAAAAACAAAAACCAUGUGUGCAGUGAAAAAUCUUCUGUAACUUUGAAUUAAGAAGUAACUGAUCUUUUGAAAGACGAAACUCAUUUGUUUACUUUGUAAAUGAGCUGAUGGCAUUGAUGCACCUUACUGGCCUUAAUAACCUUUUUAAAAAAACUUUUGGCGGUUGUUUCCAAUAUUGUUAUUUAAAUUGUGGUGAAACUGGU